UUCCAUAGAAUCAUAGCAUAUCCAGAGUUGGAAGGGACCCAUAAGGAUCAUCGAGUCCAACUCCCGGCUGCACACAGAACCAGCUAAGAAGGAGCUCAUAGAACUGAGCGUGGUGCAGACAGUCCUUGCACUCCCGCAGGACUGGAGCCAGGCCUGCCAUCCUGGGGAGCCUGUGCCAGUGCCCACCCACCUUCUGGUGAAGAACCUUUCCCUGGUAGCCAACCUGAAUGUCCUCUGAGGCUAGCCUGAGCAUUAAGAAUAAUGUGAUAAUUGGAGACCUUUCUGUGGAAUUUCUGCAACGCAAAGGCCAGAAGUUUUGUACAAAAGCACAGCGCAAGGACAGUGACACCGCCUGACCUAAACGACUCGUGUGCAGAGAAGCUUGCCUGCUUGUUUUCAUCAUUUUAAUUGACCUGCUGCAACAUUUCACCUCAGCACCUAUUUUCGCAGAAUCAUGGAACCGUUUGAAUCAGAAGGGACCCUUAAAGGCCACCUGGUCCAGCUCUCCCACAACAAACGGGGACACCUACAGCUAGGUCAGGCCGCUCAAAGCCCAGUCCAGCCUGAGCCCUCCGAGCCUCCCGGCAGGGCCGCGGCCGGGAGGAGCCCGGUGCCGCCGCGGCCGCCUCCCUCCCUCCCUCUUUCCUUCCCGCCCAGCCUCCGGCGCUGCCUCCCCGCAGCAGAGCUGGGGAUGGCGGGGCUGGCCGGGGUGCUGUGCCUCGCCGCCGCCGCCGCCUGCCUGCUCCCGGCGCAGGGGCGGGAAAGCGACGCGGGAUGGACUCAGCAGAAGUAUUCUCACCAACCAAGUACUUUACAUCCUGAUGCUAUCCAAAAUGUUGCAGAAAAAACAGAUGUUUCUGAAAUGUGGGAGAACGAUUUGCGCCCCAUCCUGAUUGAAAGAUACCCAGGGUCACCAGGAAAUCACGCCGUACGACAGCACAUCAAGCAGCGUCUUCAAAGACUCCAGGCUGGUUGGGAAAUUGAAGAAGAUACCUUUCAGAAGUACACACCCUAUGGGUAUCAAACAUUUUCAAAUAUCAUCAGCACUCUCAACCCCUCUGCAAAGCGCCACCUGGUCCUCGCUUGUCACUACGACUCAAAGUUCUUUGGCCCACAGUGGCACGGAAGAGUGUUUGUGGGAGCAACCGACUCAGCUGUGCCCUGUGCCAUGAUGCUGGAGCUGGCACGCGCCCUGGACAACAAGCUUCAGUCCAUCCAGACAAGCUCAACAUCAAGACCAGACCUUUCACUUCAGCUUAUCUUUUUUGAUGGAGAAGAAGCUUUUGUCCGGUGGUCCCCUUCUGAUUCCCUCUAUGGGUCUCAACACUUGGCUCAAAAAAUGGUAUCUACUCCACAUCCACCAGGUUCAACCACCACAAACAGACUCCAGGGCAUGGACCUGCUGGUACUACUGGAUUUAAUAGGCGCACCAAACCCUGUCUUUCCCAAUUAUUUUCCAAACACUAGCAGAUGGUUUCAGAGGCUUCAAGCAAUUGAGCAGAAGCUACACGGUAUGAAUCUGUUGAAGAAUCACCUUGAUGAAACACAGUAUUUCCAGAAUAAUGUAUAUCGAGGCUUGGUUGAGGAUGACCACGUUCCAUUUCUAUUGAGAGGGGUUCCAGUCCUACAUCUGAUCCCGUCCCCUUUUCCUGAAGUAUGGCACACUAUGGAGGACACUGAAGAAAACCUCGACCAAACCACUAUUGAGAACCUCAGCAAAAUCCUCCAGGUGUUCGUACUGGAAUAUCUAAACCUGUGACAGAAAUGUAGGCUGCAAAUCUUACUUCAUUUUAAAUGUUGUUUGCUCACCUUCCCUUCUGUUAUUUAAUUACAUCAGAGUGCACUGAAGCAAAGCAAAAUACGGCCAUAGCUCUUGUUACACUGAUUACUGUUUCUGCUGUUCCCAGCUCAAUGUUCCAUAUAAAGAAAUAAAAUAUGGCAUUAAAUAAAAAUUAGUUUCAGCCCAGAAAUAAUUUGAUCUUUCAAUGUCUUACCUUUGGAUAGACCAAAAUAAAAUUCCAGAGUUUUCCCA